AUGAAUCAAGCUGAGAUCGAGGAGCUUAUCCUGCAUCAACGAUGCGUCGAAAAAGAUGCAAGCAACUUUGUGCUGGUCUGCUUUUUGGCCUGCAUCCAUGUUCUCUUUGAAGCAUUCUCGCUAAUCCUCAGUCUUCAUGUCCUGACAGCAGCAUUUCGUCUCCGAGAAAUGGGUUACGCUGUGAUUACACGUUGGCUGUCUUUCUGUUGUCUGGUUGGCAUUUCACAAAGUGCCUGCAAUCUCACCUUUCAAGCUAUUAGCUAUGGUGAAGUAUUCAAGUUCAGCUCUAUCAAGAACAGUACCGAACAGAUGCUACGGUAUGCUGACAACUUUGUUGUCUACACACGAUGUCUUCGAAAUUGGGCUUAUGUCGUCUUCGCUAGUAACGAAGCCAUAAUGGCCCAGCCCCAGAUCACAUUCAACAUCGGCACUCUGCGAAGCACUUUCGUCUUUCAGAUUAUGUCCUUAAUGGGCUUUGCUUUUCUCGUCGUUUGGGGACCAAUAAAGCCCCUACGUUUCAACGAUUGUUCUGCAGAGACUGAGUUUCAUUUACGCCUGCUAGUUCCCGAUCAUACCAGCGAGUCGAACACCUUUGAGUUGCUCUUCGUACAUACCGUGCCGGCUGUGGCCUUCACACUGAUAAAGUUCUCCAUGCUGAGCGCUGUGUUUCAACACGGUAUCUGUGAUGUCGGGAUAGAAAAACGGCUCUCCUUCCUGGCUACCCAGAGACGUCUAACUAGUUUUAUCUUUGGCGCCUUGCUGACCUUCGGGGUAACUGAAUACUUCGUCGGACAGGCUGCCAUGCAAGAUUUUGCCUUUCAUCAGUGGACUUGGCACGCGGUGUCCGCCAUCUACGAUUGCAUAAUCCAUGUGGGCUUUGUGGCACUGUACAUGGCCGAGGAGUCCUUGAACAGGACGUUAGGUCUGCUAGACAGACUCACUUCCAGCAAACGUUACGAGAUCUGCCGCCCGCUAGAUUUCUGCACUGGACGUCUUCUGUGCCCCAUAUCGACCAAUGCGGAACCUCAAAUGGUUAUAUAUCGUACAAUGCAAACAAACAGACAGCCGAGGCUUCGUGCAAGGCAUUAUUCGCUGGUUAUAAAUAAAUGA